AUGGAUAGAAGCAGAACUAAUAGCAAAGAUAUUAACAUUCGAGAUAAAAAAUGUUCAUAUGGAAAAACAUCUUUACCAGAUUUGGGUUACCGAUGGCAAUGGUUUUUGAUCAAGGAUCACCGUUUGAUUGCAAGCCAGUCAAAGACUCUUGGCCAUUUAGAUUUCUUGCCUGAGCUUCGAGAGAAAGUUGCAGUUAAGUCGGCAGCACAUAAGGACAGAAUGUUAAGGGCUUACAAUAAAAGGGUCAAUCACUGUCCUAUGAUCACUAGAGAUUUGGUUUUGCGGAGAACAGCGGCAACAAGAAAGGGUAAUGUUGACGGCAAGUUAUCAAUAAAUUGGGAAGGACCUUACAAAAUUAGUGACACAGUAAGGCAAGGGUCGUACCGUUUGGAAACCAUGGAAGGGAAGCCUUUGAAGAAUGUGUGGAAUGCUUCGGUGCUUAAGAAGUUUUAUGUUUAA